AUGUUGCGGCUGGUGUCGAAGCCUGCGUCCACGGGACUCAUCACCAAGGUAGUCCCGUCGUCUUGCCUGGGGGGUCGACGGUCAUUUGCAUCGACAUCUACGCGGCAGGCCGACAUUACUUUGACUGUAGAUGGGAAGGAGGUGACAGUACCGCAGGGCUCAGCAUUGAUUCAAGCAUGCGAAGCAGCAGGCGCAACCAUUCCACGAUUCUGUUAUCAUGACCGACUGGCCAUUGCUGGGAACUGCCGUAUGUGCUUGGUAGAGGUUGAAAGAUCACCAAAGCCGGUCGCAUCAUGUGCAAUGCCUGCGAUGCCUGGCGCGAAGGUAUUUACGAACAGCCCUCUUGUCCACGAAGCAAGGGAAGGUGUCAUGGAAUUUUUGUUGGCAAAUCAUCCUCUGGACUGCCCUAUCUGCGACCAGGGAGGAGAAUGUGAUCUUCAAGAUCAAUCAAUGCGAUACGGUGCUGACCGUACUCGCUUUCACGAGAUCACCGGCAAGCGAGCUGUCGAGGACAAGGACCUUGGGCCCCUUGUGAAAACAUCCAUGAACCGGUGUAUUCAAUGCACGCGCUGCGUGCGUUUUGCGAACGAGGUUGCUGGGGUGGAGGAGCUCGGCACGACAGGUCGCGGAAACGACAUGCAGAUCGGAAUGUACGUGGAGAAGACGAUGAACUCGGAAUUGUCUGGAAACGUGGUGGACUUGUGCCCCGUUGGUGCGCUUACCAGCAAGCCCUACGCCUUCCACGCACGUCCCUGGGAGCUGAAGCACACGGACUCCGUCGACGUCCUGGACGCGGUGGGUUCGAAUAUCCGUGUUGACUCGCGUGGCGUGCAGGUCAUGCGUAUCCAGCCCCGGCCAAACGACGACGUCAACGAAGAGUGGAUUAGCGACAAAACGCGCUAUGCCUACGAUGGUCUCAAGUUCCAAAGGCUGACUACGCCGUUGAUCAAGCAAGGUGAUCGGUUCGUUCCCGCCUCAUGGGAGGAUGCGCUGUCUACGAUCGCAGACGGCCUUGCUCGUUCGGGGGCGCAGGAUGAUGAAAUCCAGGCCAUGGCGGGUCACCUCGCAGACACCGAGGCGAUGGUCGCACUCAAAGAUCUGAUCAACCGGCUUGGUUCUGACAACUUGGCUCUGGACUGUGUUGGUGGAACCGCUGCUCCUGUUCACGGAGUCGACAUCCGAUCUAACUACCUGUUCAACUCGACCAUUGCUGGUGUGGAGCAAGCGGAUGCCAUUCUCCUCGUCGGCAGUAACCCACGCCACGAGGCGGCCGUUCUCAACUCGCGUAUCCGCAAGAGCUGGCUACACACGAGCCUCGAAGUCGGUCUGAUCGGGGAGCGCGUGGACACCGCAUAUGGUUACGAGUACCUAGGUGCGGACGCCAAGGCUGUUGCGGACUUCGUUGCUGGCAAGGGCGAGUUUGCACAGAAGUUCAAGGCUGCUAAGCGACCCCUCAUUAUCGUCGGUAGCGCGUUGACCGAACAUCCUGAUGGCGCCUCAGUCUUUAACGCACUGGCCAGGUUUGUCGAGAAGAACCAGAGUAAGCUCGUAACGCCGGAAUGGAACGGGUUCAAUGUUCUGCAGCGCGUCGUUUCCCGUGCUGCCGCAUACGAGAUUGGCUUCGUUCCUUCCAAACAGGCAACCGCUACGAAGCCGAAGUUCAUCUACCUGCUUAACGCUGACGAGGUUGACCCGAAGUCGAUACCCCAGGACGCAUUCGUUGUAUACCAGGGACAUCACGGUGACCUUGGCGCGCAGCUUGCAGACGUCUGCUUGCCUGCAGCCGCCUACACCGAGAAGUCCAUGACGUGGGUGAACACUGAGGGUCGUUCACAGUUGGGCCGUGCGGCUGUGCCACCUCCGGGUGCAUCGCGUGAAGACUGGAAGAUCAUCCGUGCGCUAUCUGAGGUCGUGGGCAAGCCUCUACCGUAUGAUGAUGUGCUGAGCUUGCGAGAUCGCAUGUGGGAGAUCUCCCCGACUCUGGUGCGCUACGACACGACGGAGCCUACUUCCGUCGAUGUUGCCCUUGUUGGUCUCAAGACACUGGCUGCGGGAACUGCGAAUGCCAAGGCCACAGGGAAACCGUUCUCCAAGCCUAUCAGCAACUUCUAUCAGACGGAUCCAAUCUCUCGAGCAUCGGUCACCAUGGCGCAGUGUACUCGUGCGUUUGUUAAGGGUGAAAACUAUGGCUUCAGUGAACUUUCCGGUGCCCCAGAAGCGGCAUACGCAUAG